GUUAACUUCAGUUACUCUUCUUUUUCCAUGUUUCCACUGCGCUGCGGGGUGAUGUAUGGAUGUAAUGCUUAUAAACCUGAGUUUUUAAAAAGGAGGCAGUACGAAUCCUAGAAAGUGACGGUUUUUCCGUUUUACAGUGAGGCACGCUGGCCGUUUUUGUAAGCGCUUUGACAUUCCUUUGCAUGAGGGAGAUCUGUGUCAGUAAAGAGUAUUAUAGGUAGCCGGGCGUACGCGAGGAAAUCAUUUGAAAGUAAAUUAUAGAUAUGGAUGACCUAAGUGACAUCACACUGGUCUGUUGUAAAGAGGAAGAGUCGAGUAAAACAUUUCAGAUCUUUCCAUUUUUCACCUGCCAGACAAAAAUUGAAAGAAAUGCCAUUAGUACUCUUAUUCAGAUCAGUGAAGAAAUCUCUGAAGAAGAUGGAAAAUUUAUGCAUUACCCAUUCAGAACAGGAUGGGAGGAAGCAGUACAUGGUUGGGAAAGAGCUUCCCCUUUUGCUUGCCUUUAUCCACAGAAGAAACUACAGAAAAGCAAAUAUGGGGAAGUCUACCACUGCACACUUUGUACAGAUUUGGCACAACUACCAGAAGAAAAAAGAACUCUGGAAACUAAGUCUGUAAUAGAGUACUCAAAAGAAGUUAGUAAGCCCCCUACCAAGCCUAAAACAAUAGCUCAAAAUCUCUCACAGUGUGCUGAUGGUGAGGUGCUGAAUUCUUCUGAAAUGCAAACUCCUUUAGCUUAUAGCUGUGGUGAUGGUAUAGAAUCUAAUGAACAGGACAAGAGUGAUGCAGAAGUGUAUCUGACACAUUCUUUUCAAAAUGAUGUAAAACCAUUAAAGGAAGAAGACGUACAGCAACAAGAGAAGUCACACACUUACAGUAUGAUGAGAUUUGGAGAGAAGAAGACUGCAAAGAAAGGCCGUGUUAACUACAUGUGUGGAGUCAAUUAUGUUACUAAUGAAAAUUUGGCUUUCAGUUGUUUUGCUGUUUUACCACCUUUGAAACCAGUUGUUCCCAAUGACUUUCUGGAUUUUUCUGUCAAGAAGAACAAAAUUGUUACACCUGAGAAUGAGGAGAAAACACAGUACAAGGCAUCUGCUGGAGUUGUGGGUCAUGCUAAAGGUUUACAAAUGCCAGUCAAUGCAGCAUCUCCAGAUGUAGUAGCAGAUGCUCUGAGGCGGCAACUUAGGGGUGAAAAUGUUCUACCUGCCUUUGUGCCACUAGAUCUAAGGACUCAGAUACUAACUGACAAGGACCACUGGAAUUGUCAGUGUUCUUUAAUGCCAGGCAAAGCCAGUUCUGUAAUUCCUAAUGCCAGUAUUUCAAAACCAUCUGAUUCUGCUUCCACUCAGAGUCUUCUGCACCCGAGAACUAUUCAGUAUUGCAAGAGGAAUGCAAAGAAGGAUGAGUUAUCUAGAGGUCCUUUUUCUACCAGUGGCAGAAGUGAUAAUGGCAGUGAGCAGAGAAGAAACAGAAUGGGAGGAGUAGAUGUUCCAGUGCCACUAUUACCUGAGCUAUUGGUCACCAGAGUUGCCAUACCAGCUGUGCCUUAUAGACUGCUGUAAAAUCUGUAGCAGAAGUUUUGUGUUUUACAUUUAUGGCAAUGGCAGAACAAAAUAAGCAAUUUAGUUUCCAACUUUUUUGCCAUAACUAUGGCAACCGAUGUCUGCCUUUUUCAAUCUGUGCCAAGUGCUUUUUAUCCUUUAAAAUGUAGACUGAACAUUAUUAAGCACAAAUGAGCAUAUAUAAUGCAUAUGGAAGGUUGAAACCUAAAAUCAUUACUGCAUAAAAGGUUACACAUGUAAUGAUUACAGCAUGAAACAUUGUCACUGAAAAUCAGUAAAAAAAUGCCAGUAAGUAGGAGUAGGUGUUCAUACUGUCACGUUGUUACGAGACCUGAUUGCAGUCAAUUCCAAGGCAAGAAUGAAGCCCUACUUGCUGGCGUUUUCUGACUUUUAGAAGCAAACAUAUUUGCUGUCACAAAAUCUUCAUUUGCUGUUACAACAGUUCACACAGUAUUUUUUUGUAGGUGUAGAAAAUGGGAUAACUGUAGUUAAGUAAGGUCUGGUCUUAACUAAAGCAUUGGAAUUAUUGAAGCUGUGCAUAGGUUAUUCAUUUAGCUGUUUAAUACUUUGGGGCACCACAUUUAAGUCUAUUGCAUCAUUUUAGGAUAUUAUGAUAUUCCUGGAAGUUAGGGUUUCAUCAUAUGAGGGUGUAACUAUUCCUUGUAACGAGGACCCUGUUUUUGUAAUUUUACCCAAGUAUCUGUAGUCUGUGACUGUUUUAAAGUUGAUACUAUAAUUGUAUUUCUCUGUAGCCUCAAGAUGUUGUAAGCAGCAGUACUGUAUUCCCUACACAGAUAGAAAAUUGUUUCCAUGGAGACUGGUUCUCAGGAACACAUUAGAAGUAAUGCUAAGAAACUGUUGACCUUGCAUUAAAAAGACUGAAAUAUGA